CUCCCCCACAGCUGCAUAUAAACCCUGGGGAGCCUGAGGUCUAACAGCGUGAGUCUCAGAAGCUGGGGGACAAGCACGGUGCUCUCUGUACCCUCAUCCAGCUCACCCCGCUGCCAGCACAGCCCCAGGUCGAGAGCAUGGACAAGCUGCUGCUUUGGGUCUUCGCUCUUGCCAGUCUCCCGGGAGCCUUUUCUCACACAGACCUCCGCGGGAAGGUUUUUGUGUUCCCUCAAGAAUCUUCUACUGACCACGUGACCUUGACUCCAAAGCUGGAGAAGCCUCUGCAGAGCUUUACCUUGUGCCUCCGAGCCUACAGCGACCUGAACCGUGCUUACAGCCUCUUCUCCUACAACGCCCGAGGCAAGGACAACGAGAUCCUGGUCUACAAGGAAAGGGUUGGGGAGUACUCGCUGCACGUCGGAGGAACCAAAGUCACCUUCAAAGUUGCGGAGGCAUUCCCCAGCCCCACGCGCAUCUGUGUCACCUGGGAGUCUUCCACUGGCAUUGCUGAGUUCUGGAUCAACGAGAAGCCACUGGUGAAAAAGGGCCUGAAGCAGGGCUACUCGGUGGCAACUCAGCCCAAGAUCGUCCUGGGGCAGGAGCAGGAUUCCUACGGAGGGUCAUUUCAGAAGAACCAGUCCUUUGUAGGGGAGAUCGGGGACUUGUACAUGUGGGACUCCGUGCUGUCCGCACAACAGAUCCUGUCUGUGCAGCAAGGCUCCUACCUCCUCGAUCCCAACGUCCUGGACUGGAGUGCUCUGAACUACACAAUUCAAGGCUAUGUCGUCAUCAAGCCCCUGGUCUGGGACUGAGGUCUUGAAUCAACAAGAGCCCUUGAAAAUGAAAUACCAACGUGUAAAGAAUCUGCUCAAGACAUCGCCAUGCGAGGUCCCAUGUCUGGAGCGCUUUCUUCUUUGACUUUCCUGUCUACGUGUUACUGAGUAAAAAAGUAUAUUGUAUCAUGCCACCCA